AUGGCUAUCGCUCGUACAAAGGCAUUAAUCCAGCGGGGGCUGUACGUGAACGGUGACUUUUACGGAAAUUUUGUCUUUACAGCCAUUGGCUUCUACCCGAAGAUCAUCCCAGUGGCUAUGUUGGCCCAGCGGAUCAUGGGAAUUAUGACGCAUUGGCGGGAGUACAUGUUGAUGCGCGGCAAGUUGUCGCGGCCAUCCCACAUCUACACGGGGGAGGCAGAGGGAGGAGUUCCGCCGGGGAUGUAA